AUCCCAGCAACCAUUUGCGGCACGCCACAUACGGGGAGGGUUGUUUUUUUUUCGUUUAAUUCAGCUCGUCGCUCACUGCACCGUACUUGUGUGUCCCGUUCCGUUGUGGGAGGGGAAAACUGGGAAGUGUUUGUGGGGGAGGAAAAAAGUGUUUUUGUAGUGCGUUCUACGACAGCCAUCCGAAAGGCAAGGGCGGCCUUUCGUGACGUGAACACGGAACAUGGCUGUAGCGCGAGCCGGAUUUUGCUAAAGGAUGAAGAGCAAAAUCCCUAUCACAGUGUGUGUGUGUGUGUAUGAUCAGGAAGCGUUUGUAUGUGUGUGUGUGUGUGUGUUUGAGUGAAGCUAGUGCUUUAGUGCAAAUAGAACCUUAGGUGCAAGAAACACAACCAAACUACACUGCAGUGGCUUAUCUACGAAGUGCCGCGUGCUUCAAGUGUGCGUGUGUGUGUCCAUUCGUGUACGUGUACGCUUGUGGCGGUGACGGUGCAUCCUUCGGCGGUCCCCUAUCCCGCUUAUCAGUCCGUGACCGUGGCAGGCAACAUUGUGAUUUAACAGCCCCGAUACAUCGAUCUACAGCGUUCAUCUGGGACGGCGCCUACAUCUCAACAGCGAGAGAGAGAGAGAGAGAGAGAGAGAGCAUAAGGGCAAGAUACUGAUACAACACACCACUCAUACACACGCGUCGGUCGGUCACAGCUUCUCCAGCCAUAUUGCACAGUGCGUGGAAUCAAGCGUUCCAUUCAUCGAUUCCGAUGCUACCGCUUUGCAGCCGAUUGUGCACGUUGGACCAAGCCGACGCCUGAAUGGUAGGCUACCGCCGCAGCACGCGACGAUGGGCGACCAAACGCUGGUAGUAGUGCAGCACUAGUGACAACGGUGACAAAAAUUAGCCCGCAUCCGGCCCAGCUCGAUCGGCCCUGCUCCACGAUAUGCACCGACGGUAACGACGCAGACUGCUGCUAGGGCGACAGUAAGCGACAGCAUCGACGGAGCAAGCAGGAACAGAAGCAUCGGCAGCAGCCCGAAAGGCAACCAUAAUCGCGCAACGCAUAACUCUAAGCACAACCGCUCACACACCCACACAAACAACACGGUCGAAACGUAACACAACGAGGUUUAAUGUAACGGGCAAAACGGGCAAAACGGGCAAAACGGGCUGUUGUUGUUGUUGUAGUAGUGCGGUAAGCAGACGGGAGUGAACAAACGCGUGACAACGGUCCUAAGCAAAGCGCGAAAGCGAAAGAGUAACGACGCUUUUGGAGGCGAGCGGCAAAGAAAUCACCGAUCGAGCAAUACUAAACGAUAGGCUCGGGCAGCAAGCAGAAGAAGGUGGUGAAACAGAACGAAUUUUUACACACAAAAAUUCGUUUCGACCAAAACAGUAAGCAUUCCUGCGUGUGGGCUCGCCGUGUGGGCGAUGGCGCUUGUGGUACGAAGGGCGACCGGUGUCAGCCCUGUCUCGCUAACGAUACGCUCAUAAAGCUGAAGUUGUUCGACACGCGAAACAACUUCCAUCGCUUCUUCAAGAUUGGAAUGUCCUGCAGCGUAGACGGACUGCCGGCGGGGUGUAGACUCCGGGGCAUGGGCUCAACCGUUCAGAGUGGUCCACUUAAUUCGUCUUUGAGUGGGACGCAAGAAUCAAGCAACAAUGUCGUGCCGCUACAGCGAGCGCCAUCGCAGAAGCCGUGCUGUUUCUGCUGGUGCUGCUGCUGCUCCUGCUCCUGGGCUAAGUGUUUGGCUAUAAAAAAUGCAGAAGACAAUGGGCCUACGAAAAAAGACCAAGCUAGUUCCGAUACCCUAUUCGAUGGUGAACAACCAACGCUAGAGGAGAUACGCAGCUGGGGCAAAAGCUUCGACAAACUAAUGCGAAGCCCCAGCGGGCGAAAAGCGUUCCGGGAAUUUCUGCGCUGCGAGUACAGCGAGGAAAACAUACUCUUCUGGCUGGCCUGCGAAGAGCUGAAGAAGGAGACGAACCCGGAAGCGAUAGAGGAGAAGGCUAGGUUUAUUUAUGAAGACUAUAUCUCGAUUUUAUCGCCGAAAGAGGUAUCGUUAGACUCGCGUGUAAGGGAAAUAGUUAAUAGGAAUAUGGUGGAACCAACGCCGCACACUUUCGACGAAGCUCAACUACAAAUUUAUACACUUAUGCAUAGAGAUUCGUAUCCAAGAUUUAUAAAUUCUCCUCAAUUUAAAACGCUGGCCCAAAUUCCAGACGGUGUGUCGGCGUCCGGUUCGACGGCCGAAAGUCCCAGCAAUUAGAGCCACCGUGUGCGCGUGAGCCAGCUUAGUUUUGCGGUAUUUAAUUUUCCCCAUGCGCAAACCAUGUGUUCGCGUACAGCUGCAACGGGAAAUAAACGCACACAGCCCACUGCUGCAAACGCCCUGCCCAACAAGGAUGGAUAGUUGAUCCGCUGCAGAAGAAGUCUUGUCUGAUCGUAAAGCAAGCGCAAUGGACACUGGAAGCUUAACUUUUUUAUGUUUUUAGUUUAAAAUGUUACGUUUUUUUUACUCGUUUUUUACACCAUUUUGCUUCACGUUUGGUGAAGGCGAUACAGCAAGAAAACCCCCCCUCAAGAAAAUGAUAUUUAUUUGCAAGAACGAAACGAAUGCUUCGAACCGGCGCCUCAUCGCAUUAUUGGGUACUGUUAACCCGGUGGUGCCCCGUUAUAGCCCGUUAGCUAGUAAGAAGCAUUAAGCGGCGAAGCAAGCGGCCCGCCGCUAGGAGCAAAAGCAAUCCGGAAAAGAAGGACGCGCGAAGAAGAAGCGGAUGAAGCAGAGCACAACCAACGAGGAAGAGAGGUGGAGUGGAGCACGGUUUUUUUACGUAAAUAUCUAAACAAUCGUAUUAUUACGCACAAAAAAAAACACACACACACAUACACUGAGACACACGCUCGCACAAGUCUACUUAUAAAUUCAUACAUACCGUUGCGCUCCAGCGCCUGUGUGUGUGCGUGUGUGUGUGUGUGUGUGUGUGGGAAGGUGUGUUAGUGUGGGUGGUUGAGUGUGUAGGAGAGGAACAAUCUGUAAUGAAGUGUAACAAACAAUCAAGGGCGCGACGAGGAGGCAGGCACACAUUUCAGGUGAACAGUAAAAAAAACCAAAAAGCACUCAUACACCCACAACCAUAUUUUAAACGUCCCCUUGAGACCACUAGGCUACUAUAAUUGUUCGUUAACUAAAGAAAUACAAUUUAAUAUAGAGAGCAAACUAGAGACAGAGACAGAGAGGGAGAGAGAGAAUGCAGAAGAGGGGAAUGUUUGACAAUGAUUAGUAGGAGAAGACGAAAAUAGCACAAAUUUAACACACCAACCUGGUUCACCUGAAGCCCCCCCACCCCCGGUAGCUAUCUCAAUCGUGUACCAAUGAUAAAGAGUUUAGUAUUUAUUUUUCCUACUUACCUGUUUGAUUGUGUUUUCUAAAGAUUGUGAAGGAUGAAUGAUGGAUGGAAAGAUGAAAGUGAAACACAAACACAAGAAGGAUAUAGAAAACUUGUUUUUAGAUACAGAACGAAUCACACACACACACACACACUUUUACACAAAAACGCCUAAUCACAACGAUGCAAGAUGUUAGAAUUUUGUUUUUAUUUUAAACUCUAGCCCUAAUAGUGCGUUAGUACAUUCGUUGUUUGUUUGUUUAGUUUUUCUUUGCGCUAGUCACACGAAUUUAAGCUCUUGUUAAGAGAGAGAGAGAGAGAGUUAAGGAAGGAGGGAAACAGAAAGUUUAUUUAUUCCUGUUUGCUUGUUGACCCGUGCUCGACUCGAGUCAAACUGUGCCGAUAGUUUAUUCUGGUCGUUAAAGCUGUUUAUUGUAUUCUAUUUAGUAAGAUGUACAGUAGCUCCAACAACAUCCCCCCACACACACACACAAGCACCCAUGCAGCUUUAGUUACCUGCCAAUAAAUGGUAAAUUACGUGGGGUUUUUAGUAGUUUCUUCACAAAUAUUUCAAGUGUGAGAAGGCAUCUUGAUUUGAUAGUAAUUAUAAAUCUCUAUGUCCGAGGGCCUAGCACAGUGAAUCCGUUUUGCGAAUGCUUUAUUGUUGUGACAACACACGUACACACCCACACCCACACACACACAUAGCAGAACACAUACACAAAACAUGCGUGAGAACGAGGGAAACGGGAAAGCAAGAGUAUAAUAGAUGUAAAACGAACCAAACAAGCGAGCUAAUUCACAACUUUAGGCAAAAUGUUUAGUCAUACGCUCUGAAAAGCAAAAUCCUUUGGAAAACUAAAGAGCAAAAAACGGAGAUACUGUUAUCGUGCAAGAAGCUGCGGAAGUAAUAGAAAGAAUGCAAAGAGCAACACAAUGAACCUGAUCGUUUCUUCUCCACCACCAAUCAGUCAUUCAGUAGUAGUGAGCUGUUGUAGUUGUAAGGGCAGUGUGUGGUGUAAACAAAACAAAGCGUGGCGAGAAACAUGAAACAUGCCCCUUGUCCAAGGGGCUUGUUCGUUAGUUCAACAGUUUGUAGUCUGUAUUUAUAAGAUUUCUAUUUUUUCUAUCGACAACAAGCGGGAGAUGAAGCCUAGAGGCGCGAAGUAGUUGGCAAUUAUCAUUACCAAGAAUAAUAAAACAAGAAAACAGCAACAACAAAAUACAACCAAAACCCAAUCAUAAGCAAAUGCAAACGGAACAACGGCGGGAAGAGUGGGAAGGUAUGGCAGAGGUAGCAACAAAAAGUAUAACAACAAACGCAACAUUAUAACAUAAGCAUACGGAGCAAAACAAAACAAAGAAAAGGAAAAUAAAAGAAGUGCAGAGAAGAACGAAACGUGCAAACGUGCAGAAACAACCACAAACCACAAAACGAAUGAUACAGAUGACGGAAGAGCAAUAGUGAACAAGAAACCCCACGAAAAAGCAUAAAUACAUUCACCCCAAAACAAAACAAAAAACGUUCACAACAUGUUUUUCAUUUUCAAAUAGGCGUAAUCGUAAUCGGGUGGAAAAGAAAUCAAACUAUCACAAUACAGCAACACAAUAGAAAAAAAGAAAUUAAAUGAAAGAGAAUGAAAGAAAACGUAUAAUGUAGCGAAUGUGUUUAAAACAAAAACAGAGCCUAUACAAAUAAAAUGAAACAUUAACGAAACGUGUAACAGUGGGGGUAAUGGAACAUGCAAUAACACAAAUAUGAUAAUUAACCAAACAGUCCAAACAUGUAUACAAACAUGUAUAGCACAACGCACCACACAAUAAAUGGGGUAGGUAUUCGAAAUUUACCUGCAUUUAAGAAGUAUGUAAGAGCAGCAGCAGCAGCAGCAGCAGCAGUCAGUCAGUAACGAAACGCAAUCGUUAUCUGUGUGUGUUUGUGUGAUUGUGCGGCGAAGCGAGCAAAUGAUAGUAAAACAACACGUUAGUAGAGAUUAUUAAUAUUAAUGGAGAGCAAAACCUAUCAAUAACAAACACCCUACAGUAACUUACAACAGCAAACCACACAUUCAACACACUCUCCCAGUCAUACUCAAAAAUGGAACGCAAUGUUUAGGAACAUUUUCGAGGGUUCGCGCUGUUGCUAACGAACAGAACAGAAGUUAAGGAAAUGGAAACAGUUUAUGUGUAAUACUUUGAAAUUAAGUUUUGGAAAUUGUUUACAGUUGAGUUUGCUAGUUGAAGUAAGAGCAAUUUUUGUGUUUAGUUUUGAAAAUAGGCAGCAAAUAAACAAAUGAACAAUGAAGAACAGAAGAGAACUAUGAAGAGAAAGUAUUAAAUUACAUAAGCAGAAACAAUAAUCAACAAGAACAAACAAGAACACAAACAACAGCAACCGAUAACUGAUGCAGCGCAAAAAGAGAAGAGAAAAAUAAGAAAUGAAUCCAAUUGUGAAAAUGAGGCUUUUUUACGACAACAACCAUAGCAAUGAAGUUGAGGAUCAAAUGAAUAACGUUAAAGAGCUUUUUGUUAUAGUAAAAAAAAAGCAACAACAACACAGUGUACUAAACACACAAAAUAGAACAGAGAAAAGAAACACUGUGUAACAAGGUAACAACCAUGACCAAAUGGGAGAAACAAAAAUCACGCACACGUGCAAAGGAACAGAUGAGCAUUACUGUUUCUUUUUAUACAUCUUCUUGAGAUAGAUGUUUUUCUUAUUUAUUUAUUUUACUUAUCUUCAGAUAGGGUCGUGGAUAUGUUCAUCCUUCCUACAUAUGUUUGUAUGUAUGUUUGUAUGUGAUAGACAGAGAGAGAGGGAUAGAGAGAGAGAUAUAGAGAGUAUGUUUUAAGUAAUUUGAGUUUGAAUAUACUACCUCUAGCCCGACACCCAACGCCCUCUCCUCCCCCUCCUCCUCUCCAUAACAAAGCAAACGAAGGUGUAUAUUUGUGAUACGUUAAGUGCUGUUUCGUUUCGAGCUGGAGUUUGUGUUGUGUCUUCAACGAAUCCCCGUUCGAAAUAGUUUCCAACACGACUACUUCUCGUUCUACCAUGUUUCUUUUACCGCAUAAACGGGGGGGUACAAGCGUGUUAGCAUGCAAUAAAACAGUGUUAAACCUAUAGGUAAUCGCGUCGGCCCGCGGGUAUAGCGUUUUGUAAAAAUAUUUAAAUCAAAGGAAAAAAAAUGCAACACAAUAAAACACACCCGUAACGGAAGCGGUAGCUGACGGCUGACAGAGGGAUGAGGAAUAAACCAGUGGAGCAGUAUUUUCUGCUUUCCACUAAGUAAGCUAAAACACAGCUAAAAAGCAACAAAGCAAAAAACAGCACCAAGAGACAGAAUCUGUGGAGGACAGCUUUUUGUUAGACCUUUUUUUGUGUGUGUGUGUUUGUUUUUGUGUAACUCAUACACUGAUUGUUAGGUUUUUGUUUUGAUGGAGUAGCCAAGUGAAGCUGUUUCAUUCUGUUCGGGUUAGUGUUUACCUUCGUUACAACGAGUUUGUUAUUCAACACCGGUACACGUCGUUUCGUAGUGAUGGUGCGUUUUAGCGACGCACGAAUAGAGGCCCUUGUUUAGUGUUGUUUCCUCAUGUGUGCAUGCGGCACGAGAAAGUGGAAGGAAAACUUCCCUCAAAACAAUAUAUAAAAAGUACUAGUAGCAGUAGUUGUAGUAGUGUACGUUAUCUCGUAAGGUGAACUAGUCAAGAUGCUCAGCUACAGCAUACUGAAACUGCUGCAAUGAUGAGUAGUGCAAUGGAAGUGUACACGGUUUACUCCCUGCGCACGUUAGCCGUAUGAGCAGCAAUGCAACUCUGAUCAACGAUUGUGCAUUGUUUUGAACCCCUUCUUGAACCUCCUCUGGAUACGAUCCACCACACCACUAGCAGCCUACUACGAUGGCUCUUUCGCCCGGUGUCAGUGUAUGUAGUAGCAGUGUUUGUUUACGAAGAGCACGUUGCUCUCUUGAGCACGUGUCUGCAGCGUAUCUGUUUCAUCUCCUUCCGAUACUCUCCCCCCCCCCCCCCAAAUCUCAGCCACUCACGCCACACACUUGGGGUGAUUGUAUUUUUGAUGCAAGUACAACGAACUUUUCCAAAUUUUCAACUCUCUCCACCUUCACGAUGGGGUGUCCCACCAGGGCAUAGCAGUCAUUUCUAGUGCAAGCAGACCCCUUAUCUCAUUCUGCCUAAACAAAGUGAAGGAAUAAGAAGAGUAAAACGCAACGACUGUUUCAACAAUUUUGCACUUGAUUCGAUAUCUGCUUUCCUGCGCUUUCUUCUGCUAGAAUCGUUCCCUUUGCGGAACGAAAUGAGGAAAUAUUGUUUUUUUUCUAUUAUUUUCUGUAAUUUAUUCAGUAGCAGUAACAGAUAAGAGAGAAACAAAAAAAGCACAGAUACAUACACACAUACACAUUUAAAUUAAAAGAAACACACAUAAAUUUGCAAGUGAGUUAAAUGUAUAGGGGCUGUAAUGAAAUGCAAACGCAAAAUUGUAGAGAUGAUAAUGAAACGAAUAUGUUAAAAAAGAACAAAAAAAAACAAAACAAAUUCAAAUCAAUGACAAACGGAAAACAAACAGCAUUCUAUGCAUACUGCAAGCAUGGAGAAGAUAGUUUAUCAUAGGAAUUCUUCAAAAAAAAAAAAAGAAGGUACACUUAAAAUACUACACUAUUUUAAAAGUAACAACAGACAAAUCGAAACACACCGAGUGUUCGUGCAACUGGUACGAUUACCCAAAUACAACACACAAGCACGGCUACACACCAACACACACCACAUGGUCAGACAAAAUAACACACUCAGUCACACACAUACACCUAUAGGUCCCAUUUAGCAUCUGAUAAAUAAAAAUGUAGCUUAUACAAAACACAAAAGUGAGCCAGUGUGGUGCAUGAGCGGUUAUGGUGAACGAGGCGUCAAGAAUGUAAGUGUAACACGUUAGAAAACAAACGAACAAUUUUUAGAGCAAAAAGAAAAAAAAAGGAAACAUUAAAGGGACAAAAGGGUGACACAAGUAAGAGAAGAAAAAAAAUAAACAAAAUCGUAAGUUAAUCUAGUUAAAACUGGAACCAAUCAGCGUAGUGCAGCAAACGGAAACGAAACGAAACAAAAUGCAGAACUCCCUUAUAAUGUAACAGUAAAUUGUAACCUAACAGCAAACGCGCCCAGAAGUAUGCACCGGAUGCAGCAACAGCAACACUAUCGGAGCUGUUUGAGAUGGAUUGAUGGACGAGAACCGAAAAUGUAUGCACAAAACCAAACCCCCUGAAGCCCCACCCCAUUGGCUAACUAUAAACUUAACGAAAGAAAAGAACACAAACGUGCAACUGCAUCUCUGUUUACACUAUUCUAUCUCACCCACAUUCCUGGCGUAAGAUCGCAGGAAAGAAAUGCGGAAGUAAUAUUUGCGUACUUCGCGUUCAACUACAAAUCACUAGCAAUGCAACAACAAAACAGCAAAGAGAGAAAAACAAACAUACAUAAUAUACAUUUAACUAUAGAGCAAAACCACACCACUAAAGAAUCUUACGAACAUGAAUUCUACUAUA